CUGUGAAUGUUGUAUGUUCUGAUAAGACCUCUUUGUGGCAUAAUAGGCUAGGACAUAUGAGCAAUAAGGGUUUAGAUGUCAUGCGUAGGGCUGGUUAUUUUGGUAAGGACUCUGUGACUUCUGUGCCUUUCUGUGAAUCAUGUGUGUUAGGCAAGCAGCAUAGAGUCAGUUUCCCUCCUUCCUCUUACCCUAAUCUGUCUAAGUGUUCGUCUGUGCUUGAAUAUGUUCAUGCCGAUGUUUGGGGUCCUGCCAGUGUUCCUACCCACGGGGGUAGGAAAUAUUUCCUUUCUAUUAUUGAUGCCUUUUCUAGGAAGGUGUGAGUUUGCCUUUUAGAACACAAGUCUGAUGUGUUUGUGAGGUUUAGGGAGUGGAAAACCCUAGUUGAAAACCAAACUGGCAGGAAGGUUAAAACCCUUAGGACCGAU